CUACAGGAUGGGUCGCUUCCCAGCCCGGCUGCUAUUGCUGGCACUAACAGGGCCCUGCAUUGCAGGAAAGGACCUGGAAAUGGUGAGAAGAGUGCGGGGAGGCGCGCUCACUACAGUGUGUCACUACAAUGAUCACAAGUAUUCACAAAGUGAGAAAUUUUGGUGCAAGGAGCUGUCAGACUUGGAAUGCCGCACCAUAGUCCAGAGCUCCCCCGCAGCAGGAAGGAAUUCUCCAAAUCCUCCAGAUGCAAGGGUCAGCCUAAAAGACUUGAGAAUUGGCUGGAUUUCUGUGUCCAUGACGGAGCUCCGGGUAGAGGAUUCGGGAAUAUACUGGUGUGGGGUUUCCGAUCAUAUGAAGAUUAUCCCAUUGAAAAAGAUAAAAGUGGCGGUAUCUUAUGAAGCUCCCAUGAGGCUAUCUGCCAAAAAAGGAGACUCCAUCUCUCUAAAUUGUUCCUAUUUUAUGAUGGACGACAGCAGAAGACCUAAUAAUUUUACCUGGUGCAAAAUGAUAACCGCAACCAGAUGUCUACCUUUCGUCAGCGUUGAGAUUGAUCAGAUU